AUGCUUGCACUGUUCGCUGCUCAGAGCAUCGACAAGACAAUCUUGCCGUCGACGGUCCUGACGAUUGUCUCGGCCGUCGCGUCUUUCUCCUAUAUCAUCCUCCAUUCGAUUGUCGCCCGCAGACAAAACCGUCUACAACAAGGAGUCACUUCGCGCAAGUUUGAGAAUGCUUGCUACGUCGCGAUCAGACUUGCCGUCACGCUAUGCAUCUUAUGGCUGUUGACCUCUGGCUGGAACUUCAUCGUCGCGGCGCGUCAGCCCGUUUGUCUCCCCCAGUCUUUCUCAAGCGACCUCGGUGACAGGUGGAGGGUGGGAAGCUCGUGCGCCGCAGAGCGGUUCAGUGCUGCAAUUUCCUUCCUUGCGCUGGUCGCCUCCUGCACACUCUUUGGUAUCCUUGCUAUUGCCCGCCGCCCGUUCGAAGCAAGCCUGCUUGGAUUCUCGCCCUCAGCGUUAACAACUGAAAAUGAGAUCCAUCACCGCCCUCUAAAGCACUCUCGUAAACUUGCUCAUGCGGAGGAUGGUGUAUAUAACCCUGCUCUCCAUCGAGUAGUCGACAUUUCCACCUCAACCCUUACCUCCCUAACCAGCCCAUCCUUCCACAGGCCGGACACCGCCAUGACCGAGAGGACGACAACCACCAGCAUUCUCAACCUCGGCGGCAUCGCAGGGAUGAGCCAGCCUUCUACUCCCGGUCCUUCCUUUCCACCCACGCCCUCGACAGGCGACGCCAUCAUCGGUGCGCGUCAGAACAAUCGUCACUUCGCCUGGGAUCACAGCCCCCCGCCUCUUCCCCCUCUGCCUGCUCGCCCUGGUACAAACACCACGAGGCUGGACCCACCUUUACCCCCUCUACCGCUUCUCUUACCCGCCGCCCCCAUCGUCUCUUCAUCCGCCACCAUCGUCGCUCGUCGUAUCUCGAGUGCAGAAUCAAAGUACACGCCACCACGGCCGCCAUCCCUCGCAUCGCCAUAUUCACAACGCCGAUCGAGAAGUUACGGACAGGCACUGCCUCUACUCCAGUCUCCCAUUGCUGGCGGCUCCCCGGUUGCUGCUCAUUCUCCUCCGUCAUCGUUUUCUCCGACACCCCGUCCUCCCCGCCUCCUUCCCGCCCGUCCGGCUAGAAGCCCCCCACCGCUCGACUCGGCGUGGAGGGCCAUGCAUCCGAAUCCGCCAGGCGUGACGGUCGUGGUCGGCGGACGCACUGCCGCUGCUGCUUCCGCUCCUGCCGGCUGGGCAGGAGGGAUGAUGGAAUUGAACGUGCCGAAGGUGCGGGCGAGAGCGUCGGCACCGCCGGCGGCGAUGAGAGCCAGGCCGCCGAGCAUGCCGCACAGCAGCCCGCAUCCGCGGCAGAUGAUGUCUUGGUUGACGUCGUCGGCAGCGGCAACGACGACGACGACGACCGCCCCCACGUCCUUGUCUGGAUGGACGCCAAAAACGGCGAUGACUCAGGGGAGGAGAAGUAUCGGUGGUUAUAGCAGUGAUGCCGGCGAGUCGUUGGCGUUGACGACGGCGGCGCUGGCGAGGCUGACGGCCGAGCAGCUGGCGCAUCAGCAGCAAUUGACGGACUGGCAUCGCCAGAACGGUUCUGUUGCAGGGAGCGCCGGCGUUGGCAUCCGACGCGGACGGGGUGGCCAUGGUAUCGGGCACCGCAGGAUUCCAACACCGUCCGGUCCGCCGCCGAGCAUGCCCAUCAGCGUGAGGCCUGUCGUCAGUGACGGGACUCCUGGUACUGCUUCGUUUACUCCCUCUGCUGGUGCUGCUCCUGCAACUCCUUCUUCCACCACCACUGCUUAUAGAACGAGCAACAACAACAACGCCAACGCGGUCGGAGGCGCCGCCGCCACCACCACCACCGCCGGCGGCGUCGACGGCAGACCAUCCACCCCAAUCAAUCAGAUGCUCCCACAUCAUCACAAUCACAACAAUAGCGGCAAUCCUGCUCCGCUCUCCUCGGCAGCCAUCCUCUCCCUCCAGCACCGCGCCGCCCGCCAACGCCCGCUGCGCUGGCCCACCGCCCGCCGCAGCCUGAGCAGCGACGACGCGCGGUGCUACAGCAGCGGCUCGUCGUCGACGAUUGGUACUAAUAGAAGCUCCAGCUGCGGCACCAGCUCGCCGCUCAGCACCACCAUGGUCAGAGCCAGUGAGGUCGACGCCGAGGUGCUGAGGGAGGAGAUGGAGGCUGCGGCGAAGAAGAGGAGGGAGACGUUUGGGAGCGUUGAUGAAGAGCAGGAGGAGGAUGAGGACAAUGAUGGGGCUGAGGGUAAGAGGAGGUUGGAUGUUGUGGAGCAGAUCAGUGGGGUGGAGAAGAGUGGGAGGUGGUGUAGGGUUAGGAGGGGGUUUGGGGUGGUCGGCGGGGCGAGGAAGGGGGGGAAGAAAGGCGCGCUGGUGGCCGAAAGGGAGGAGGGCGAUUUGGGGAUCGAGGGGAGGAAUUGGGUGAGGAAUGCGUCUGGGGAGCAGAGUCUGGCGGGGAGCAGCGAGGGAGAUGGUAAUGUUGAUGGAGUGGAGCAGAGAGGGAGGGAAGACAGCGGUGUGGAGUGUGAGAUACGGGUGACGGAGAGCAGCGAGAGAGGCAGCAGUUACGGGUCAUCUGAGCAGACGGAACCGGAACAGCUGGUGGUACCGCGGAAGAGGGCACUUCUUCCGUCCUGGACCAACGGCGUCGUCGCCAGAAAAUCGCCUGAGCAGUCGCUCUUGGACGCUGUGUUGGAGGCCAGCAAGGUCAGUCCGCUACUGCAGCAGCAGCAACUACAGGAACUUGGCGGAGCGACUUCUGUGGGUUUGACGCCGGUACCGGGUGACGACUCUAUGGUACCUGUAGGCGGACUCUCGCGCAGCGAAACAGUUAUCAGGAGGCGGACCAGAUCGGUCGAGGGGGAGCGCAAGAGAGGUCCGAACAGCCCAGCGGAGGGAGGAAUCACGAAUAAGAAACCGGCACUUGGCGUGGGUCUGGGACUCAACUGCGUCAUUGGCGUUGGUACUGGUGCCGACAACAAUAGAAUUCACGGUCAGCAAGGAAAAGAGGUGGAAUCGCCGGGUAUACAGAGGACUCCUCGCACCAGACGGAAGACGGUAGCACUUGGUUGA